UUGUUUUUAAUUUACGAGGUAUGUAUGUCGACCACACACUGCUGAGGUCUCGUUAAUGCGAUCUGAUCUUAACCCAAGAGACAAAAAUGGCGUGUACAAGAUAAGAACAAUCCAACGGUAUUUUGUUGUUACAAGACUAUGGCUGUCAAAUUAAGUUCGAGAAAUGUAAUCACAACUUAAUAGUUGUUCAUUUUAUUUUGAAUGAGAUGUUAUUUAUAGUCGAUGAUAGUCUGUUAUCGGAACUCCAUGUUUGUAUUGUAACCAUUAGGUCCUCGACUUCCUUAAAUAAACGACUAGCAACAUUUUAUCUGGUUAUUUAACUAGGGUCAAGUUUUAUAGAUCACUGCAUGCUGAUUGAAUCCAUUAGAUGCCUGCGACGAAGUGGAGGCGAAAGCUGAAACAAUCUGUCAGUGACUUUUCAUUUAAGAAAAGGAAAUGAACCCGGCUGAACAAACCGGCAGUAAUUCGCUGGUGUGAGGUUGCAAAUCAUUAGUUGCGUUAAGUAGUCAGAGUUAUUUCUUUUGGCCGCAGUUACUAGAUUUGUGACGUGAAAGCUAUCCUGCACAUUACAAGUCGACAACCAUGGAAUUCCUUAAGAUCUCCAACAUAGUUUCAUAUCUAAUAACCAUUGAACUCUGUUCAGUGAUAUCUGAUGGUGAUAAGGUUAAAGUGACCACAACAUAUGGAAAGAUUCAAGGAAAUGUUCACCAUUUCGAAGACAUCAACAGAACCAUCAAAGCCGUGGACAAGUUUCUCGGGAUUCCUUACGCCGCACCGCCGGUCGGUGACUUAAGGUUUAAACCUCCUCAGCAACCACAGCCUUGGAAACCCGCCAUUUACAACGCCUCCUCCUUCCGGAAUGUCUGCAUUCAAGAUCCUGAAUACAAUGACUUCUUCUGGCCAAACCUGACGAUUCCUCAGAGUGAAGACUGCUUGUAUCUAAAUGUGUACUCGCCUCAUCGGGACCCGGACUCAGAAGAACUCUACCCCGUCAUGGUGUACAUUCAUGGCGGUGGAUACGAUGCCGGGUCCCCCGCUGUAAGCCCGGGGGAUGUAAUCCCCUUAUGGGGUAUUGUGCUGGUGACAAUACAAUACCGUCUAGGCCCAUUUGGCUUCAUAACGUCCGGUGACUGUGAGGCCCCUGGAAAUUAUGGGAUGCUGGACCAAAUCGAGGCUUUGGAGUGGGUCCAACACAACAUAAAGUUCUUUGGAGGCAACCAUUCGGCGGUUACCAUAUUUGGGGAGAGCGCAGGCGGGUCCAGUGUGGGUCUUCUUGUCUUGUCCCCACUCUCCAAGGCACUGUUUCACCGUGCCAUUUCAAUCAGUGGAGUGGACCUCUCUCCAUUUGCCAUUGGAUCGUCGGAGGAAGUGACUAAACAGAGCAAAAAAGUUGCCAAACAGGUCGGCUGUUCCGUGAAAGAAAGCCGUAAAAUGAUCGAGUGUCUACGUUCCGUUGAUGCUUUUAAGUUCCCAGUGAAGGAGGUAAACGUCUGGCGGCCCAUUGUUGAUAACAAUUUUCUUCCGGACACUCCGAGGAACCUGAGGAAAGCUGGAAGAUUUCAUUACGUUCCAUAUAUGGCCGGUUUUACAAGCCGUGAAGGAUCCUACUUUUUUCCUCAACUCCUCGACGAUGUGACGUCUGAAAAUUUCCGUUCUUACACUGAAACAGUGUUUUACAACAUUGGUAACAAAUACGGACAAAUGUUAGAAGAAAAUCUUCCGAAGGCCCUCCUCGAUGCGAUAACAUUAUUGUACACGCCUUGGUCGGACCGAGAGGAUGACAUCAAGACAAAAGUUGGAUUAGCAGAUGCCGUGGGAGAUUUCACCAUGACAGCUCCAACUCACACAGACUUGAUCCUUCACAGCAAACAUGCUCCUGUGUUCAUGUACGAGUUUGCCCAUCGAUCGAACCUCAACCCAAGGCCCCUGUGGAAAGGCGUGGCUCAUAAGGACGACACACCGUACGAGUUUGGUUUUCCUUUGAUGAACCUGACUGUUCUGCAACAGUACAACGAUGCUGACCGAAACGUAAGCGAUAUGUUGAUCACUCUGUUCACAAACUUUGCGAAAUAUGGAAAUCCUACACCUCAGCCCGUGCUCGGUGUCACGUGGGAACGAUUCAACUCGAACAAACUGAGUGCUUGCACGAACAACGGCGAAAAAGCGAGAAAUGACGUCAUCAUUAUCCAUGGAAAAUACGCCUCUCCGGUCCCGGAUGUAGUUUCGGAUGAAUUUUACGAGUGGUGA